UGAUUGUGAUGAUUGAGCAGGCGUUGCGCGUGUUGUAUUGAAGAGACGGGACACAGUGAGGAAUACACGGGGAGAUUGGGCAUACUGAGGCGACAACGCAAUACCGGAGGCGAAGUGAGGAGAAGCACGCGACCGCGACAACACGCCUCCCAACCCAACGCCGACACACCUCCACCAUGCGCAUGCACGCGGCGGUCUUUGACCACAUACGAUAGCCAGGCGCGAUCGCGAUGGCGCCCUAUCCGCACAACAACUUCUACGAUCCGGUGGGGAGUCAGUCUCAUCAGCCCUCAGGCUACACAUACGCAAACACCAACUCGCAAUACCCCAGCCAGAAUACGGCGUACCAGAGCAGCGCUUACUCCCAAAAUUACGGCACGAGCUAUGAUAAUCAGUAUGCGGGUGCAGCUCAACAGCAGCAGCAGCAGCAGCAACCGUCUGCGAGCAGUUCAAAUGUGGCAGCCACGGGACUGAGCUCAUUAGGCAACCAAGGCUACUCGCAGCCUGUGUCAAGCGCCACUUCUCGCAGCAAUGUGGCAUACGACACUUCCAAUUCAACGUGGGCACAAAACUACGCGUCCAAUGCAUAUCAAUCGACGAAUCGAUCGCAGGCCAAUCAGUCGCCGAUCUAUGCCACUCAGUCCACGGGCAGCACAUUUGGUCGAUUGAGCUUGCCAGACCAGACUCAGACCAACACAUAUGGUGCAUCUCAGAAUUAUCAGACCACUUCCUCAACGCCUACUGCGCAAAGCAGCAGCGCUAGCCGUUCCUAUCGUAAUGCGCCUAACAGCGCGGGCUACAAGAACAGCUACCAGCCACAGCAAGACCAGCAGGCGCAGCAGCCUCCACCCCGUUAUGCGAGUCCUCUUCAUGCGAUGCAGGCCCAGCAACACCAGCAGCAGCAACAGCCAAGCCACAACAAGCAGCCAUCACGAACUUCCAACCACGCGCACCCGUCGCCACGAGUAGCAGCACAAAAUCUGCAACAGCAGCGUCAGAGUACUUCAGUCGAGCCGAUGCCUACCACAGUCGAUCCCUCACAGGUCUAUGAUAUCCGCGCGGAGCGAGAGAAAGCAGCUCGGAUCGAGGCCGAGAAGCGCCGGAAGUACGAAGCCGAGCAGGCAGCUAAAAAGGCCGAAGAAGAUGCGAGACAAGCCGAAGAGGAUGCGCGGAAAGCGGAAGAAGAGAGAAUUGCAGCCGAGGCGCGUAAGGCAGAAGAAGACGCGAGAAAGGCAAGUGAAGCGGAAGCCAAGAAGAAAGCUACAGCAGAACGAAAGAAGGAAGCCAGAAGAAAAGCGAAGGAGGAAAAGCAGAGUAAGACCGCUGCUACUGCUUUGCAGCAGAUGGCCUCAGGUAGUGGUGGCGGUAGCAUGAUGGAUAUGAUGGGCAAUAUGAUGGGCAACAUGUCUGGCCCGCCAGCCAAUGACGAGGAGGCAGAGAUGCGCGCCAUGUUCAAGAAGAUGCGCGAAUUCAAUCAAAAGAAUCCUGCCAUGCUUGCAAAACUAUGGGAGGAAGAGCGCAAACAGCAUGCUGCACAAGCGUCGCCUGGACCAUCUCAGCCUACACAGCCAGCACCAACUGUGACACCACAACCGGCUGCUCAAAAGUUGACCAAAACGCAGCAGAAAGCGCUAAUCUCUGUCGCUGCUCCGCCUGUGCAGCCAUCAGUCAAAACCGCCAAUCGACCCGCGCAACCUUCGCCUACGACCCCCGGUACCGCAGGCACAUCACUUUGGCCUCCGCAGAAGAAAGGCACCCUUGCUGAAGCUGCCGCCAAAUGGUUAUCUGAGCUACCAGCCAACCAAAGCAACGGGAGAGUGGUGAGUCGCGAGCAAAUCUUGAAAAUCCUCGACGCGAAUCCAUCAUAUGUGCAGCUGUGUGAGGCCAUCGAGCGGACUGGCAUUUACUUCGAACGAUCAGCACUGGCCAAAGAGCUUCUCAAAGCUGUACCUGACGGAUUGAGAGGUGGUCAAAACAGUGUUAAGGCAGGCGCGAAUGCAGCCCCUUCGGUGGCAGCAGGCAGUAACGGAGCCAAUGCUAAUGGCACGCCUGCAACUGCGCCGUCGAAAAGGAAAGGCAGGCCGAAGAAGGACGAGCCUGGGCGUUAUUCACUGCCUGGAGGGAGAGGCUCCACAAGUGGUGGCACCGUUUCCUAUUCGGCGCCCACCUUCACAUCGCUCACGGACGCAGCGAGAGCAGUGAACGCUAUGAACACGUCGGGUGGCAUGUUUCCGGGCACCGUGUCCGACUCUCUAACCAAUGCAUAUAUUCCGGCUACUCAAGAUCCGACAUUUUACGACUUCACGCCAAUGAUGAUUGAUGAUGAUCCGCAGCCAUCUAUGUCACAGCCACCUGAGAUCAAGCCAGAAGAAAAGCCAAAAGAGCCGCCGCCUCCUCCCAAGGACAAGGAAGAAGCCGCACGGAAGCGUGGGUUCGGCGAUCUUGUUGAUUUGACAGCUGGCGAUUCUGAUGAUGAAGAGCCUCCUCGCAAGAUUGUCGUUCCCUUCAGCGGACCUGGCAACGGAGUCAAAACAGUACCGUCGAAUGAUGGGCUUAGGCAGCCUGUAUCGUAUCAACAGUUCAUACAAAACAAGGCACAUCCACCACGGCCGCCGUCCUUUGGACCUGCCUUCGGCUUCGGUCAGCCUGGGUCCAAUUUCUCUGCGCCUAAUAAUCGCAGACCUACGUUCCCUCAGCAAACAUGGAAUGGUCCAAAAACGCAAUCGCCAGCGCCCCCGGCGCCGGGACCACAGCAAGUGCGUUCGAAGGGUCCGUCGGAAGAGUCCAAGCAAGCUGAGAGGAUCCGGGGGAGGAUGCUUGUUGAGCCUAUUAUGAGGGAUCGCGUGGCUCGCAAGUCCAAAUACGAUAGUCGGACAAUCGCUCGGGACGUACUGCUGGCUACAGGCCGUCAUCCAGACAUGCGCGCUCUCAAUGCACAUCUCAAUGUCAUGCAGAAGUUGCUCGGCGACCAUGGAGGCGUAGUUGAUGGCGGGGACAGAGGUAACAAGAGUGAUCUGUCGACGAUCCGCUGGGACCUUAUUGACCCAGGCGAUCCAACGGAAGAAGCAAAGACCAAGGCAAAGUCAGCUUCCAACCGCGAAGAAGACGUGGAAGAUGGAGAUGGCGACUCUGCUUCUUCAAAACGAAAGCCUUCGCAAGGGCUCGAGCCUCGGGAUCGAUUGCCGAACCCUAAGAAGCCUGUCGGUCGGCCACCCAAAAACGCCGACCGCGAUCGCGGCUCUGCAGUUCGCGACGCGUCGCCAGUAACCAUUUCCGCCAACGAACAUUCAGAACUCACAUCCGACUUGUCGCCUCGUGUAUCACGUGCCACUCCUGUCGCUAGACGCGGCUCUGUCGCGUCCAACUACACACCAAAAACCGGCACCAGCGGUCGCAGAAAGCCAUCAGGCAUGUCUGUGGCAACUCCUACGCAGCCGACUGGCACACCAGUCGGGUAUGCUGCCUUCCGCCAGGUUGAUGAGAAUGGCAAUCCGAUCAAAAAGAAAGGACGACCCGUUGGUUGGCGCAAGAACAUCCACUCGCGAGAAGCUCAAGGUCUCACGCCAAAGAAAAUCGCAUCAAGUGAGCCGAAGACUACCUCGAAGCUGAGGCAGUCAACUGGCACCCGAGAGUCUUCUGAGGUCAUCGUCGAGCCGCAUUAUCAAGUCUUCCCGUGCCAAUGGAAGAAUUGUAAUGCAGAGCUCGACAACCUUGAAAAGCUCAAGAAACACACGCUCAAGCUCCACGGCGAGGCCAAUGACGAGGGCGACUUCGAGUGUCAGUGGCAGAAUUGCGGGAAUGGUGUGCAUAUUGACGCUCACGGCAACGAACGCCCUGGAGAUGCUGGUAUUUCGAGCUUCGAAACACUGGAUCAUUGGUUCAAACACAUUAACAAGACCCAUCUCCAUGAGAUCGCCUGGAAAUUGGGAGACGGGCCCCGAGGGGGCAGCGUUUCAGAAAUCCGCAGUGAUAGUGCAGCAUAUUUGAGCGAUGCCUCAGGAAGAAGCGUUACGCCUCUGAUACUAACACCACAGGAGCUCGCACAGCAGAAGGUGGAAGCGGAAGUUGGAGGUGGGGCCGAGGACGAAGUGAUGGAAGAUGUGCGAGCAAGCACGUCAAUGGCUCCGCCUAAGCUCAAGCGAAAGCCCGGUAGGCCUUCGAAGAUUCAAGAAGCUUUUGGCUUGCAGACCAUGAGUCUAGACAAAAAUGAGCGAGAAGCAGCCACAGAGCUGAAGAAGCUCGAAGAUCAGAAGCGGCGCGAGGGAGUGACGAUGGGUUUGGAGGGCAGUCGGCUGGUAAAUGCCAAACGAAGACGUGGGUUCUUGGACGACGAAGACUUCGAGGAUGUGAUCGAGGACAGCGAGCCAAGCUUGUGA